AUGGAGCUUAGUGAAGAAGAAAGCGAUAUUUCAAUAAUAGAACUUGAUUUAACACCUACUGCAGAUCAUGAAAAUAAAGAGGAUUUUUCUGAUUGCAAUAGUGCUUUAAAUGAUUUUAGUUUAGAAGACCCUGAAGAUAAUUAUUCAGAUUAUUCUAAAUGUGACAAUUUUUUUAAUUCUGAAAGCUCUGAAGAUAAUUAUUCCGAUUAUUCUCCAAAUA